GCUUCAACGAUUAUGGGCUACUUCAGCACACUCCAAAUUCUUUUAUCCUUGCAGUAUUUCGCAGUACACAGCCAGCUUGGAUGUCGUGAUGACGAUAAUCGAAUUGUUGAUUGGCACAUAGCUUACAAAUUCCCCAAUAGUUUUUCAUAUGCAUUUCUAUCCCCUAACGACGUUGAAUGGCGUCUGUCAAGCGCCGACCUUAGAGGAAACGGGUUUUUGAAGUUUACCUUUGAUCAAGUCUUCAACAGCACAGACCCUGGCCUUGUUUAUGGCAUGUACAACGAUGAGAUGUCUCCUACUCUCAAUUUUACCUACAAUCCUUGGUAUGGCCAUAUGAAAGGACUUUUUGCAUUUACUGAGAAUGAUCCGGGUUUUUGGUUGUCCCACAGCGUGCCCAAGCUUUCGAUGAAACCUGCCGAAUUUUCCUAUCCAGAAACUAGUAAGCGCUAUGGACAACACUUCCUCUGUGUCUCUUUGAAUUAUUCGGCUCUGGAAGCCAUCGGUAUGUUCCUUUUUAAUAGCUACGUGCACUGUUUAGUUGAGCUGUUAGAGGAUAACAAUCAAAGUACUUGGUUAAUAGCGUAG